UGCUCCGCCCCCUCGAAACUGUCCUGGGUGAUGAGAGGAACUCUGAGCCUAGAGCUGACAGACACAGCUGACUUCCAUCCUGAGUACCAGGCACACGCUUCCAUCGCAUCAAGUCAAAAACUAUCCUACGCACCAUGGCAUCGGAUGAAUUGGCGAGGAAACUGCAGCCCAGGCUGGCCGCGGAGCCGGCUCCCCUAUUCAACCCGUGUACACCAGAGGAGACCCCAGUGAAACCGAGCGACCCUGUCCCUGAGCCGCAGGAAAAAGCGGUGGUGGUCAUUGUCAAUGAUGCCACAUCGGAACUCACGGCGAAACUCACCCGGAGACUGGACAUCAACGAUGGGAACGCGGCGCCCAAGCAAGCCAAGGUGUUCAACCCCUACACGGAAUUCAAAGAGUUCUCCCGCAAACAGAUCAAAGACAUGGAUAACAUUUUCAAACGGUUUGACAGUGGUAAGGACGGCUUCAUAGACCUGAUGGAGCUGAAGCUGAUGAUGGAGAAGCUGGGAGCUCCUCAGACCCACCUGGGCCUCAAGAACAUGAUCAAGGAGGUGGAUGAGGACUUUGACGGCAAGCUGAGCUACAGAGAGUUCCUGCUGAUCUUCAGGCGAGCAGCGGCAGGCGAGCUGCAGGAGGAGAGUGGUCUGAUAGCUCUGGCCAGACUGUCUGAGAUAGACGUCUCCACAGAGGGAGUCAUGGGGGCACGGGACUUCUUUGAGGCCAAGGUGCAGGCUCUGAAGGUGGGCAGUAAGUUUGAGGCUGAGAUCCGAGAGGAGCAGGAGGAACGGAAGAGACAGGAGCUGGAUAGGAAACAGAGACGGGCUGCCUUCAAAGAGCUGCAGUCUGCCUUCUGCUCUUAACACAGUAAACACAUACUAAAACACACACACUAAAACACACACACACACACUAAAACACACACACACACACUAAAA